ACAAGUUUUCACACACACCUACUCUCUUACUCUUAAACUAGCUACUACUCUACUUAUCAGUUAUCAUCUAUGGACAUGUUCUCAAACUACUCUAUUUCCGACCCACUUCCUUGUGGGUCAGAUUUCUAUUCACUCCACUUGCCGGAAUCAUCGCCUGUGUCUGACGGUGGCAGCAACAGCCGUGCCAAUUUUUCCGACGAGGAGGUUCCAUUGGCGUCGAGUCAUCCCAAGAAGCGCGCUGGGCGGAAGAAGUUCCGGGAGACUCGGCACCCGACGUUCUGGGGUGUGCGGCAGAGGAACUCCGGUAAGUGGGUCUGCGAGGUGCGUGAGCCCAACAAGAAGUCGAGGAUAUGGCUGGGGACGUUCCCCACAGCAGAGAUGGCGGCGCGGGCCCACGACGUGGCGGCAAUGGCGCUGAAGGGCCGGUCCGCUUGUCUUAAUUUUGCUGACUCAGCGUGGCGGCUGCCCGUUCCGGCAUCCACCAAUGCAAAGGACAUUCAGAAGGCGGCGGCGGAGGCGGCGGAAGCUUUCCGGCCACCAGAGUGUGACGGGGUUUGCGUCGGCAAAGCAAGGCCAGAAGAGACAAUGUCAUUGCCGGAACAAGUGUUUUUUAUGGAUGAGGAGGCGGUUUUCGGUAUGCCCGGAUUGCUUGCAAAUAUGGCAGAAGGGUUGAUGCUACCUCCACCUCCACCUCCACCUCCACCGGGCUGUGUAGGAAAUUUGAUGGAUGAGGAUGACGUGGAGGUUGGUGCAGACGUGUCCUUAUGGAGCUAUUCAGUUUGAUAUGAUGUACUUAUAUUUAGUGUAGUCCACCGUAGUGAGUAGAGAAGUUAUAGUCCGUGCUUAUUUUUUUUACUAUAGUACGGUGAGGUCAUAGGAAUAUUCUAAAAAAGUACUCUUAAUUGAAAAGGUUUGAGAGAAAAAAGAAAAAUAGAAAUGGACUUUGAGUGAGUUUUAUUGUGUGCUGGAAGAAUAUAAGUGUACUUUCCUUCUAUUAAAUUGUACAGUAUAAAAAUUAAACUGGUCUUUUAAGAA